AUGGUCAACGUUUUCAAGCGGAUGCGGAAGCUGAAAACUAAGCUUCUCAACGUCCGCAUUGGCACCGGAGCCGCCGUCUUCCCCGCGGCCCCCUCGGCGACCCAAGAAUUCCCCGCGAUCACCCGCCUGCACCUGACCUACGCCCGCAAGAUCUACGGCGGCCACCAAGGCGCCCGGCAUUUCUGGCGCAACUGCCUCCCGCGGCUCAAGUAUCACAACCCGGGCAUCCCGAUGACUGUCCGCCAGACGGAGGACCAGGACGGGCCCGCCGCCCUGAGCGUCUACUUCGCCCAGAAGACCAGCACGACCGCCGCCUCGCUCGCCGCCGAGGACCUCAAGGAUGCCCACGCCCCGGCGCCCGCCGACAACGAGCAGGUCGCCGUCCUCGACGUCCGGAACCUCCCCUACACCGAGAUCUGGAACAAAGUCAAGAACCUGACCAACGCCACGGAGAUCCCCGCGACGGCCCAGGAGGCGGCCGAACUGCGCAAGCUGGACGAGAUGGCCGCCAAGUCCAAGACGGAUCGCACUCGUAUAGCGGCCAAGCGGCAGGCGAAGAAAGACCAGGAGCGCAUGCUGAAGGAGGCUAGAGAACAGGUCGAGAGGUUGAAGCAGCUCUAA